AUGGACCAAACACACGCCCGGGCCCUGGAGGCUCUACAGCCCUUCGUCGCCCUAGCUACUUCCAACAGCGCAACUUCACCUCGCUUCGUGGCCAACAUCGUGACAAAUGCCACCUCCGCGCCACAAACAUACGUCUUCGCCGAGCUGCUGGAGACCCCAACCAUCCAGGCCCUAGCUGCCCCCAAUACCCCCGCCGAGUAUAAGGGCUACCUAAAGCUCCUGGAAAUCUUUGCAUGGGGCACAUGGCAAGAAUACCAAGCAACCCCGAACCUCCCCAAAUUGAGCGCGGAACAAACCCUCAAACUCCGCCUCCUCUCCCUCCUCACCCUGGCCACAACCACCAAACCCCUCACCUACCAAACUCUCAUGAACUCCCUCUCCCUCCCCACAACGGCCGACCUCGAAAGCCUCGUCACAACCGCCAUCUACGCAAACCUAAUCUCCGCCCGCCUCUCCCCAGCCUCAACCCCACCCACCAUCAACGUCACCUCCGUCGCACCCCUGCGAGAUGUCCAGCCCCAAUCCCUCCCGCAAAUGGUCACCCUCCUCACAGAAUGGGAGUCCCGCUGCGGCGAGGUGGUCACGGAUCUGGAAACCGAAAUCGCCCGGGUCAAGGCCAAUGCCCAGAAACGGUUUGCCAAGGAACAGGCUUACCAGGAUCGUCUUGAAGAAGCGGUUCAGCGGCGUCAGCCUGAGACUGGGCGUGAGGGGGGGAAUGCGGCCGAUAAACGAGCUGGUAAGUCUGGGUUUGGACGGGGGUUUGACCGGGUGGCUUUUGGGUUGGGGCGCAAUAAACGGGAAGCUGAUGAUUUUGAUGAGGACGACGGGUUCGAUUCAGGAGAUAAUGGGGAGGCUGCGUCGCGUAUGGAUAUUGAUGAAGGGGCCGGUGUUGGCCGUGGAGGGAGCAGGCAGACGAAGAGAGUCGUGGGACGGAAGGCCUAG